AAGAGUCUCUGUGACGAAGAUUAUUGAUUGAAUACCAGCAACAAGAAAUUGACAAUCAGAAAUUCGUACAGAUAAUCAAAGAAUUUCAUGAUGCUGCGCCAAAGCAGUGGUGCCCUUCGUUGGUUAGUGUUGAUGGUACUGAUAAGAUACGUCACUUGUUUGGGAGGUUUCGCGGCCAUUGCGUCCUUAUUUGAACCAAUCACGUGUAGAUUUAAAGGAGAAUGCUGUACAGAUGAGUUCAUCAAACUAGAUUCGAAAGCCUUGAAAAAAUCUCUUGACGCACGAGUGUAUGGUCAACACUUGGGUAAGGCCGCAAUUCUAAAACACUUUAGCGCGCAAGCUAGAGAUGUUGACCCACCCAAAGCCCUGUCCCUCUCCUUCCACGGGGGAACGGGCACAGGUAAAAACCUUGUGAGCAGCAUAAUUGCUGAAAACAUUUAUCGAAAGGGCAUGAAUAGUGAAUACGUUCAUCUCAUAGCUGCAACAAACGAGUUCCCUCAUCCGGAUAUGGUGCAUGAUUACAAGGUGAAGUUAAAGGAGAAAAUAGAACAGAGUGUGUCGAGAUGUGAGCGCUCCAUGUUUAUAUUUGAUGAGGUAGACAAGAUACCUGUAGGUAUCCUGGACAUAGUGAAGCCAUACCUCGACUUUUAUCGUAAACUGAACGGCGUGAACUAUAGGAAAAGCACAUUUAUUUUCCUCAGUAACACAGGUGGUAAUGCCAUACAGAAAAGGGUGAUAUCUCACUGGAGAGAUGGUCGUGAAAGGGAGGAGCUUCAACUUGUAGACAUGGAGCAACUUAUCGUCACUGAAGCUUUAAACGAAAAGAGUGGUCUGUUCCAUAGCAGUCUACUCCUGCAUCAAAUGGUGUCCGCCCACGUCCCGUUCUUACCUUUGGAGCGUAAACAUGUGCGCGAGUGCAUAAGAGACAGCCUUAUCGCGAAAAGUUAUUAUCGCCGACGUGCCGAUAUAGUUGACGAAGAUGUACGGGAAAUUGCUGCCCAGCUGUCCUACUAUCCGAAAGAUGAGGAAAUGUUUUCUGCAACAGGAUGCAAACGAGUGGCAGACAAAGUGGAUUUCGUCAUGGCAUACGACAGAUACAAUAAAUAUAAAAACUGAUACACAUUGCGAUCUUCAUAAAUAUACAUAUUUAUUAAAAUUUACUUGCACCUGCCCUGUGAUAAAAUAUUGGUCCAAUAUACAUUUCUAAUCGUACAUGUUUGGUCAGCGAAGAGGCAAAUACGACAGUAAGAGAUAAAAAGAUUGGUGGACAAAUGAGGACAGGUAUCUAGGGAGACACAACAGCCAGGGUCAUAUGAGGACAGGUACCUAGGGAGACACGACAGCCAGGGUCAUAUGAGGACAGGUACCUAGGGAGACACAACAGCCAGGGUCAUAUCAGGACAGGAGGUAACAAAACAAGGGAAAAUGUCUACAGGUUAAAAAGCAAAGAUUGAAAGGAAAGGAGAGGAAGCAAACUUUAGAGUAGUGAAAAGAGCAAGGGAGGUUUGCAUCAUUAGAUAUAAUUGAUAGUACAGACUGUUACCUGGGAGCCUUCAUGUGAUACUGGACAUUUGACCACCUGAUGGCUGUCCAUCUCAUGAUGAUAAGUCCCACGUUUACUUAAUAGUUGACCAUUAGAAAUGCUAGUUAUAGCUAAUUUGCAUGUUCGAUACUUUCUUAGUUUUUAAGGAGAAUUAUAGAUAGAGAGAUCAGUUAGAGAUAACACAGUCAAGGAGUAGAGAGUCAGAGAGUUGAGAGGUGAGACUGGAGGAGGGAUGAAACUAAAGAAACAUUGAAAUAUGUUGUAACGUUAGAAACACUAAACGGUAAACUGGAAUUGUACUUCAGCUAGUUUAUCAUAAGUGAUGCGGUCAAAUGUUCCGGAACGAAGCUACCGUUGUUAACUUAACGGACAAGGAAAUUUGAUUGUGCAUCUAUGAUAUCAGUGUGGCGUGGAAAUAUUUCCCCACUUUAUACAGUGUCAUACAUACAUGUACAGUUUACAUCUAUUGCGUUUUUUAUAGUUAAUACAGUUAUAGUUAUGUUUGAAAGUUAAAUAAGUAAACUACGUGUAUAUAUGGGUCGUCAGUGUAUUGUAUGUUGUGGUGUAGUAGAUGUAGGUCAUGUUACGGCAUAGUAGGAUUGUUACGGCAUAACAGCUUAUUUUUAGUAAGGUGUGGAUAAAUUUAACUUCGGUAUGGCCAAUCAGAGAGAGUGAUCAUGAGGAGCGCGUGAGGAGCCGAUGUAGGCCAAUCAGGGAGGGUGAGGGGCGCGUGAGGAGCCGAUGUCAGCCAUUGAGAAUGCAGUUUGUGUGCGUAUAUGUCACUAUAUAAGGUAUAGUGAGAGUGAGAAAUAGGGUGGGGGUGGGAGUCGACCGAACACAGACUUCGUCAGUGAAGUGUAGACUAUAAUAGACUAUAAACCAUUCAACCAACCACGAGAAAUAGGGAGUCUGCUGGUAGCCAAACUACUCGGUAGUGAAGCGGACGUAAAACCUAUCAAUCAGAAAUAGGGAGAAGUCGACCGAACAACGACUUCGUCAAUGAAGUGUAGACGAUAAACAACUCAACCAACCAACCAAAUGUAAGGAGACAAUAGCAUUAUUUUGGGACUUACUCCACGUUGGUUUAUACCAGGGAAAUUAUCAUGGGAUUUAACUUGGGCGCAUUCACUGCUAUUGGAAUUACACCUUAUUUUGAUGGAGAUAUAUUAGUGGAUUAAUGUGAGAAAGAGUGUUUGAUUCCAAGUGGACUUUGUGUGAAACCUCCUGAUAACAUGGCCUCAGACCACAAUUAAUUCUACUAUAUGUUAUACCAAAGGAAAUAAAUUAUUAAAAUAUUUUAAAACUUUGCACAGGGCCUGGUUCCUAUUUCAUAUUGUAGAUCUAUUCAAACUGAACGUACGGUGAGCUGGAAAGUACCUCAUGACCGGCAUUUAAGAAAGAUAAUUUUAUUUGAAUGUCACUACCCUGCAUGUAAAGGGGAAAAUACUAAAAAUCACAAAAUAUCACUGCCCAAGCCUCAUCACUCCUUGUGUCCUGCUGCCAAGACAAACUUGGAAACUGUGUCAAAUAAAAAUUAAU